UCGACGCUCUCGAGCACGAGCCGGACUUCCACCGCCUUCAGAGAUCAGGAGCUAGAACCAGGAAGCGAAAGUAUACACAUGGAGGGUGUGUCUGGCCCCGCCAGCACAGGUUUUAUUUAUAAAAACACCGUCCUCCGCGGUUAAUUUAAUGGGGGACACGGCGAAGACCAAGCGGCGGGAGCAGCUGAAGCGCUGGGCCGGCUCCAGCACCGACAGAGCGUCGGACGUUCCCCGGCGGAGGUGGCGGGGCGAUGCCGGGGAGGGAGAAGGGGAGGCCGAGGCCGAGCUGAGUGGCGACCCGCCGGGGGAUCAGCAGCCAGAGUCAGCGGGCAGGGAUGAAAGCAGCCCCAUCCCGAGUGGACGGAAGAGGGUGAGGUUUGACCGCGCCGCUGAGUUCCUCGCUGCUUGUGCCAGCGGCGACACAGAGGAGGCCAAGGCGAUGCUGGAGGAGACUGAACAGUCCAAAGCAGAACGGAAAGACGGAGAAAGUCUGCCAGACAUCAUCAACUGCUCCAAUUCUGAUGGCAUCACUGCACUGCACCAGGCCUGCAUAGAUGGCAGCAUAGAGAUCGUGACCUUCCUGCUGGAGCACGGCGCCGCCGUGAACCAGGUUGACAGCGAGGGAUGGACGCCGCUCCAUGUUGCGUCCUCCUGCGGCUACCCUGACAUAGCAGAGUUCCUUCUUCAGAAAGGUGCGUCUCUUACUGCUGUGAACUGUGAUGGUGACGUUCCUCUGGACAUUGCUCUGGAGGAGACGACCGAAUCCCUUCUCCAUAAUUACACACAAAGACAAGGUGUGGAUGUGGAGGCAGCUAAGCGUAAGGAGGAGGAGCAGAUGAUGUCAGACGCCAUGAUGUGGCUGAACGACGGUCCGCCGGCUGAUCUGCGACACCCAAGGACCGGCGCCACGCCGCUGCAUGUCGCUGCAGCUAAAGGAUACAUGGAGGCUCUCAAGAUGCUGUGUCAGUGCGGACUGGACGUGUCGGCCACAGACUUUGACGGCUGGACGCCUCUUCACGCCGCAGCCCACUGGGGUCAAGAGGAGGCGUGUCGCGUUCUGGCCGAGCAGCUGUGCAACAUGGAGGCUCGCAGCAACGGGGGUCAGACGCCGUUCGAUGUAGCUGAUGAAAGUGUUGCAGAGCUGUUGGAGGAGCUUUUACAGAAACAAGCCAACUGGCGUAAUGAGCGGUCGAUAUCAGAGAGGCAGAACCAACCAGGCCCCAAUGCUGCAAACGCACAAAGCAAGCGACGGAGGACAUCUGUGUGCAGGAUGAGCAGCAAAGACAAGAUAAAUGUGCAGGAUCUGUCUAAAGAACGGGGCGUUUCGGGAGGCGUGGAUAUGAGCGAGGAGAAAGAGAGCAGCACAGAAAGCUCUGCUGUGUCCAGUCCAGACACCGAGAGUGUGACUACAUCUACCAUCAGUCCUGCAGAGAAGCCUACUGAGGAGAAGAACGAGGAAGAGGAGCAGAAGGAGGAGCAGAAGGAGGAGCAGAAGGAGAAGGAGGAGGAGAAGGAGCAGGACAAGGCGAGCCGGACUGCCAGGGUCCAGCCCACUCCUCAGACCAGGGAAGCUGCCGCCGAGAGCCCCAACGCUCCAAAUGCAGACAAGAAACCCAAACAGUUCCAGGCAGCAGAUCGAGACGAAGAGUCCGAGUCCCAGAGGAAAGCUCGGUGUCGGCUGAUGCGACAGUCCCGUCGCCUCACUCAGGGUGUGACCUUGACUGAGCUGAAAGAGGCAGAGAAGAGCGUGGGUAAAGCUGCUGACCCUCCGCCUCGAAAUGUCCAGUCAGUGAGCCCCAUCAUCACCGUCACGCCUACUGAAUGGGAGAAUGAGACGCCGAAGCCGGCGGAGUCGGAGGGCGACAAGCAUUUGGGAGUGAAGGACCGGAGGAGAGGCCGGAGGGAGAGACGCUCCACCGGCAUCGUCCAGCUGGGGUCAGAGAAUGAAGAUGGCGAAGCCCAGCUGGAAGAUGCAAACAGCAACAGCACUGAAGGGAGAGACUUGUCUUCAGACUACAAAACGUUGUACAUCAAGGUACUGCAGGAGAACAUGACUCUGAAGGAGACGCUGCAGGAGAUGGAGCAGCAGCUGAGCCAGAACAAAGUGGAGCUGGAGAGACUCCGACAGGUUUGGCAGAGUCAGGAGAGCGACACUGACAGACCGGCCCUGCUAGAGCUGGAGAGAUUUGAGAAGCUGUCCCUCCAGAGGAAAGCAGGGGAACUGGAGGAUGAGCUGAAGGUUCUGAAGGACCUCAGAGCAGACAACCAGAGGCUUAAAGACGAGAACGCCGCCCUCAUCCGUGUCAUCAGCAAACUCUCCAGAUGAACUGCAAUAACCAUACAGACACAAAGUAUUACACGACUCUUCUGUCGCCCAAACUCGGAGGACACAAACCAGUAAGGGAGACGCAGCAUGGAACUGCAGAUGUCCAGCUCACCUCCCGCCACAGUGUUUGGCUCUUUAUGUUUUGGCAGAUCUACUGUUCAAUGAGGCAAACUGCACCUCCUGUGGACCGGCAGGAUGUCCAUAUCCACUUUUAUAUUAGGUUUUUAUUGUAUUUUUUACCUGCGAUGUUUUAUUGUGCUUUGCUUCAGUGAUCCUUUGUAUAAAAUCUGUAUUCAGAGACUUGAAGCCAUGCACAAAUGGCUGACAGUAAGAGCUGUGUCGCACGCAAGACUUAAAUGUGCCAAAAUGAGAAAAAAAUAAAUUAAAACAGUCCCAGUUUUGCACAUCUUUUAGGUAAAAAAAAAAUGUGGGCAGUAUUGUUUCUCAGGAUGAUUCUUUUCCUCAACGCUUACUGUUUUUAGUCGGCUGCUGUACCGAUGGACCAAAACCCUGCAUGCUCACCUUUCCCUGCUCCUCUUGAGUGCAUUUCACAUGUUCGUGCUGCAGCCGCCUGUGGUGUGCAUCGGAGAAAAGGCGUGUUUAAUUACUGCUGUGUUACAGACUGAGUAUUUGGGUGCUAACAGACACAUUGUGAGGUGAAACUCAGGUUCAGAUACUUCAAAUAAUGUUACAGUUCAGAUUUCUUCCUGGAGGUUGAGGAGAAUCUGAUCUUUGACCUCUGUACUGUAUGUUUUUUUAUUUUUUGCUUUGUUAACUGGAUGCUUCUUCUUAGUAUUCACCCUUUGACGGCACUGCUGUUUAACAGACGGGCCAGAUGGGUCAUCCUUUGAAUGUUUACUUCCUUACGAGACAGAAAUGCAUGUCAAAAUGUAUUUUGAAGCUGUGCCUUUGGAUAUACAUUUGUAAGUAAUAUUUCUAUUUUGCUUUGGCAUUGUACGAUGUUGAGUAUAAAAUACAACGUGGGCAUAAAUAAUUAAGGGUC